GGGGAUUAAUUGAAUUGAGGUUUUACGGGUUUUGAAGACCCGACGUGCGCAUUACGUUUUCAUCCAGCGAGAUCUUGAAUUGUGGUUUAGGGGCACGCAGACACAGAAAAAGGGGGUGUAGGGUUUGUGGGUAUGUGGAAAAAUGGGGCAUAGUUCAAGGAAGAAGAAGAAGGGAGGGGGGAGUGGGAGUGGGAGUGGGAGUGGGAGGAGAAGCAAGGGAAAGGAUCACGCUUUUCAUGCCGAUGAAGAUAACGAGCUUCUUGCUGACGAGAUCACUGCCUUGUCUGCAAUAUUUCAAGAUGACUGCACAGUUGUAAUGGGAUUGGCUCCUCAAGUUAUUAUUAAGCUCAGGCCACACUCGAAGGAUAUGGGCUACGAGGAUCUUGAUGUUUCUGCUAUUCUUUCAGUGAGGUGCUUGCCAGGGUAUCCUUACAAGUGCCCAAAGUUGCUGGUUACUCCAGAGAAAGGUGUGACAAAAAGUGAUGUUGAUAAACUGCUAUCCCUUCUUCACGAGCAGGCAAAUUCUAAUUCUCGAGAAGGUCGGGUAAUGAUCUUCAAUUUGGUAGAGGCUGCCCAAGAAUUCCUCUCUGAAGUUGUUCGACUGGGUCAGUCAAAUGAUACUGUUCCAAGCUCCAUUGCAAAGUGCGGUGACCAAUUUGUUCAAGAUGACAUUACAAUUUCAAGUAACAAGAGUGGCUAUGCUAGGGGUCCUUUUGUUUUUGGUUUUCUAGACCUCUUCAGUGGCUCAGGAGAGUCAUGGCAUUGGAGUAUUAAAAUGGAUGAAAAUAAGGUGGCUGCUUCUACUGUACAAUCUCAGGUCCUAAAUGAUUCAAAAGUUGGUUAUGAUGAUUCUCAUGCAAACAAGCUUGAUAAGAAUGCACAGCCAUUGAAAGUGCAAGAUACAAAGCAGGGUCCGGUGCAACCUCCUAUUUCAAAACUAGAUACACUUGAAGAAGAUAAUGAAGAGGACGAUACAAGCAUUUCAUCUUCUAAUUCAUGUAGAUCUCUGAUCGAGGAACCUGUAUGGAAUUCUGCAAAAGAAGAGAAAGAGGAGCAUAGGACAGAGGAUGAUGGUGAUUCAGAAAGUGAGUGUUCACUGUCAUUGUCUCCUGCUUCCUUAGGUUAUGGUCAAACAUCUGAGAAUGUUGAAAGGGAUUUAUUACUGGUUCACCUGCUUCGCCUUGCAUGUGCUUCUAAAAGUCCAUUUGCUGAUGCUUUGCCACAAAUAGCCUCUGAACUAUGCGAUCUCGGUUUUUUUUCAGAAUGGGUGCGGGACUUAGCUUCUAAGCCAUCUUCACUCUUUAGCAAAACCUUUGAUCAAGUUUUCCACAAGCAUAUGGUUUCAUCUGGAGUAUCUCAAUUUUGGAAACCUGUAACUGAUUCUGAAGGGCCAAAUACAUCUCUCCCAAGCUCUCGAUAUCUUAGCGACUUUGAGGAGCUGCAUUCCCUUGGCCACGGGGGUUUCGGCCAUGUUGUAUUGUGCAAGAAUAAGCUGGAUGGAAGGCAGUAUGCUGUGAAGAAAAUCCGUCUUAAGGACAAAAAUUUACCAGUUAAUGAACGAAUAUUGAGAGAAGUAGCCACACUUUCAAGGUUACAGCACCACCAUGUGGUCCGUUACUAUCAGGCAUGGUUUGAAACUGGAAUUACUGGUCCUUUCGGUGACACCGCUCGGGGUUCAAUAACUGCUGUGAGCUCCACAUUCAGCUUCAGGGACUCUAGCGUGUCAGAUAACCCCGGGCAGGAAAAUAAAUCUGAGUCAACGUAUCUGUAUAUUCAAAUGGAAUAUUGCCCAAGGACUCUUCGCCAGGUUUUUGAAUCAUAUGAUCAUUUUGACAAAGAAUUAGCUUGGCAUUGGUUUCGGCAAAUAGUAGAAGGUUUGGCUCAUAUACAUGGUCAAGGAAUCAUUCAUCGGGACUUAACCCCAAGUAAUAUCUUUUUUGAUGCUCGCAAUGAUAUCAAAAUUGGGGAUUUCGGUCUUGCUAAGUUCUUGAAACUAGAGCAGCUGGAUCAGGAUUCGGGGUUUCCUACCGAUACAGCCGGAGUUUCUGGUGAUGGUGCUGGGGUUACUGGUCAAGUAGGUACCUACUUUUACACUGCUCCUGAAAUAGAACAGGGCUGGCCGAAGAUUAAUGAAAAGGCUGACAUGUACAGCUUAGGAGUUGUAUUCUUUGAGCUUUGGCACCCUUUUGCUACUGCAAUGGAGAGACAUAUCGUUCUAUCUGAUUUGAAACAGAAAGGGGAACUUCCUCAGACUUGGGUUGCCGAGUUUCCGGAACAAGCAUUGCUGUUGCAGCGUUUAAUGUCAUCUAGUUCUUCUGAGCGUCCAUCUGUCACAGAGCUCCUGCAGAAUGCAUUCCCUCCACGAAUGGAGUACGAAUUAUUGGAUAGUAUGUAAUGAAGAACUAAGCAUCUACAUCUGUGAAUAUGUUUGUUAUUUUGGUCUUAAAAUUUUAGUGCUACUGCAUAAAUGCUUUCAUGACCACACAGCAAAUUUUUAGGCAAUAGCUUUGGAAAGAUGAUAAAUAAAAGGCAAUUAGGACAGGCUCUCUUCAAAUUG